AUGGGUAGAGUUAGAACUAAGACCGUCAAGAGAGCCGCCAAGACUUUGAUAGAGAAAUACUAUCCUAAGUUGACCAUGGACUUUGAGACCAACAAGAGACUCUGUGAUGAGAUCGCCGAGAUUCAAUCCAAGAGAUUGAGAAACAAGAUCGCUGGUUACACUACUCAUUUGAUGAAGAGAAUUCAAAAGGGACCAGUUAGAGGUAUUUCUUUCAAGUUGCAAGAAGACGAGAGAGAGAGAAAGGACCAGUAUGUCCCAGAGGUUUCUGCCUUGGAUUUGUCUAAGACUAAGGGACUAUUGUUUAUCGACGCUGACACUGAUGACAUGAUCAAGUCUUUGGGUUUCAAAUUACCAACCUCUGUCAACACCGUUUCCGCCAACAGAGUUCCAAGAAGAUUCAGAAAGUAA